GUUUCACCUCCUCAUGUCUUCUUCUCCUGCUCUCCUGUUUCUCCACAACCAAGUUGAAGAGCUCCCAACCAAACCCAAUGCGUAAAAAGAGGAAUUAUAGCUCUAAACAUGCAGUUAUGUAGCUGUGCACUGGUGUGUUUGGUGUUGAAUGUGCGCCACGGUGUGACCACCAACCAGUCGGAUUGAUCCUGUUAAACUGCGGAUAUACUGUGCGCCGAACGAGCCUUUAUCUAACCAACUUAAUCAAUUAACAUGUAUUUUUCUUAAUUGAUUAGCGGAACGCACCUGGUGCUUGAAAAGAAACACAAUGUUGCAGUUUUUCUGCAACGAUUUGGUGCAGUGUUGAGGGCUCCCACCUCGUGCCUCUGUGGAUGAUGUUCCUGAUGACGGCUUCCAACGCUGAGCACAGGACAGCGGAUCAAUAGGAGUUUUGUUGCCCCCUCCCUUCAUCCUCCUCUCUCUCCCUCACACUGUCUUCCCUUAUUCCUUGACAGUAGAGUUGAAAAGAAAGAAAAUCCUGACUUGGGACCAGCACUUGUGCUCCUCCUCCUUCUCCUCCUCUCUUUUCUCCUUCCCCAACCCCCUAAGCCUCGCCUCUAGACAGCCCAGAUAUGUGUCCCCUAGCUCGGUCAGCGGCUUCCCCUGGCCAGGGGAACUUAUUUCUCCUCUUGGGGCUUUUGCUUAUCAUGAGCUCAUCCCUCUCCGGAGGCCAACCCCCGCCCUUCAAACGAUUCGCCCCUACCGAGUCGGGGCUCACACAUCUGGCCAUCCACAACAAAACAGGAGAGGUCUACGUGGGAGCCGUCAACUGGAUUUUCAAGCUGUCCAGCAACCUGACCAAGCUGCGCAGCCACAUGACCGGCCCGGUGGUGGACAACGAGAAGUGCUACCCUCCGCCCAGCGUCCAGUCCUGCCCGCAUGACCUGGCCCAGACCCCCAACGUCAACAAGCUUCUCCUCAUAGACUACGACCAGAACCGCCUCAUCGCCUGUGGCAGCACUUCGCAGGGGAUCUGCCAGUUCCUACGCCUGGACGACCUCUUUAAGCUUGGCGAGCCACACCACCGCAAGGAGCACUACCUCUCCAGUGUGGCAGAGUCGGGCACCAUGUCCGGAGUCAUCAUAAGCUCCCCGCACAGUCCGACCAGCAAGCUGUUCAUCGGAACCCCCAUCGACGGCAAGUCUGAGUACUUCCCCACGUUGUCCAGCCGCAAGCUGAUGGAGAAUGAGGAAAACGCCGACAUGUUCAGCUUCGUCUAUCAGGACGAGUUUGUCUCCUCUCAGCUGAAGAUUCCCUCCGACACUUUGUCCAAGUUCCCUGCUUUUGACAUCUAUUACGUUUACAGCUUCAGCAGUGAGCAGUUUGUCUAUUAUCUAACAAUGCAGCUGGAUACCCAAUUAACUUCCCCCGACGCCAGCGGAGAGCAGUUCUUCACCUCCAAAAUUGUCCGCCUCUGCGUGGACGACCCCAAGUUUUACUCCUACGUGGAGUUCCCCAUCGGCUGCACUAAAGACGGAGUAGAGUACCGGCUGGUUCAGGACGCCUUCCUGGCUCGGCCGGGCCGGCAGCUCGCCAACUCUCUGGGGAUCUCGGAGAAUGAAGACAUCCUCUUCACGGUCUUCUCUCAGGGUCAGAAGAAUCGGGCCAAACCACCCAAAGAGUCCGCAUUGUGCCUGUUCACCCUGCGGAGGAUAAAAGAGAAGAUCAAAGAAAGGAUUCAGUCGUGCUACAAGGGAGACGGGAAACUCUCCUUACCCUGGCUGCUCAACAAGGAGCUUGCCUGCAUCAACUCGCCACUGCAGAUAGACGAUAACUUCUGCGGCCAGGACUUCAACCAGCCUCUGGGGGGAACCAGCACCAUCGAGGGCAUGCCCCUCUUCAUCGACAAAGAUGACGGCAUGACCUCGGUGGCGGCGUACGACUACCGCGGCAACACUGUGGCUUUUGUUGGCACGCGGAAUGGCAAACUGAAGAAGAUCUUGGUGAACUCUGUGAGUCCCAACCGUCCGGCGGUGCUCUACGAGAAGGUGACUGUGAGCGAGGGAGGCAGUCCCUUACUGAGAGACAUGCUGUUCAGCCCGGACCUGCAGCACAUCUACACGCUGACUGACAAACAGGUGGUGAGAGUUCCCGUGGAAAGCUGCGAGCAGUACACCACUUGCGGGGAGUGUCUGGGCUCCAGAGACCCUCACUGUGGAUGGUGUGUCCUCCACAAUGUCUGCUCACGCAAGGACCGGUGUGAACGAGCCGGAGAGCCUCAGAGGUUUGCCUCCGACCAGAGGCAGUGUGUGGAGCUCACCGUCCAGCCGAGAAAUAUCUCUGUCACCAUGUCUGAAGUCCAGCUGGUCCUCCAGGCUCAUAACGUGCCUGAUCUGUCAGCGGGGGUCAACUGCUCCUUCGAGGACUACGUGGAGACGGAGGGACGCAUCCAGGGUGGACACAUCUACUGCAUGUCUCCCUCCGUGCGGGAAAUCAUUCCGAUCACAAGGAACAAAGGUGACAAGCGGGUGGUGAAGCUCUAUCUGAAGUCCAAGGAGACGGGCAAGAAGUUUGCCAGCGUCGACUUUGUCUUCUACAACUGCAGCGUCCACCAGUCCUGCCUCUCCUGUGUGAACGGCUCGUUCCCGUGCCACUGGUGCAAGUACCGCCACAUGUGCACCCAGAACGCCAACGACUGCUCUUUCCAGGAGGGACGCGUCAACAUCUCCGAGGACUGCCCUCAGAUCCUUCCCUCAACCCAGAUCUACAUCCCUGUCGGGGUGACGAAGCCAAUCACACUAGCUGCCAAGAACCUGCCCCAGCCUCAGUCAGGACAGAGGAACUACGAGUGCGUCUUCCACAUCCAGGGGGUGACCCACAAUGUGCCCGCCCUGCGCUUCAACAGCACCUCCAUCCAGUGCCAGAAUUCAGCGUACACCUAUGAGGGAAACGACAUCAGCGACCUGCCAGUGGAUCUGUCUGUGGUUUGGAACGGAAACUUUGUCAUCGACAACCCUUACAACAUCCAAGCCCACCUGUAUAAGUGCUACGCCCUGCGGGACAGCUGUGGGAUGUGUCUGAAGGCAAACCCCAGGUUCGAGUGCGGCUGGUGCGUGCAGGAGAAGAAGUGCUCCAUGCGGCAGGAGUGUACUCCCACAGAGAGCACCUGGAUGCACGCCACCACGGGAAACAGCCGCUGUGCACACCCCAAGAUCAUCAAGUUGUCUCCGGAGACGGGGCCCCGGCAGGGAGGAACCAUGCUGACCAUCACGGGCGAGAACUUGGGUCUGCAGUUCAAAGACAUCCAGAGCGGCGUCCGCAUCGGCAAGGUGGCCUGCAACCCUCAGGAGGACCAAUACAUCAGUGCUGAGCAGAUCGUGUGCCGGCUGAAUGAUGCAACAGGUUACCGGGUGCAGGAGGCUCAGGUAGAAGUGUGCGUCAGGGACUGCAUUCACCCCGACUACAAAGCAGUUUCCACCAAAGCCUUCACCUUUGUGUCUCCGUACUUUACCCGUGUCGUUCCGUCCACUGGGCCGCUGUCUGGAGGAACCAGGAUCACCAUUGAAGGCAGCAAUCUCAACGCAGGCAGCGCUGUAUUUGUGAAGAUAGGACUCCACCCCUGCCGCUACGAGAGGCGGAGCAACAAGGAGAUAGUGUGCGUGACCCCGGCGGGACAAACCUCAGGCACCACCCCGGUCAUGGUGGACAUCAACUCCGCCGAGCUGAGGAACCCAGAGGUCAAGUUCAACUACUCAGACGAUCCCACCAUCCUCAAGAUCGAGCCCGACUGGAGCAUCGCCAGCGGAGGAACCAUGUUGACCAUUACUGGAACCAAUCUGGCCACCAUCAAGGAGCCCAAAAUGAGAGCCAAGUAUGGAGCUGCCAAGUCAGAAAAUAACUGCACGGUCGUCAACAACACCGUGAUGGUGUGCCUGGCGCCCUCCGUGGCCGGAUCCGACAAAGCCUUCUCGGAAUCGGGCAGCAGUCCUGACGAGAUCGGCUUUGUCAUGGACGACGUGCGCUCUGUGCUGGUGGUAAACGAGACUUUCAGCUACCACCCGGACCCCGUGUUUGAACCUCUGAGCCCCUCAGGCAUGCUAGAGCUGAAGCCCAGCUCACCGCUCAUACUCAAGGGCCGCAACCUAAUUCCUGCCGCCCCAGGAAACUCUAAGCUGAACUACACGGUGCUGAUCGGGGAGACGCCCUGCGUUCUCACCCUGUCGGAGAGCCAGCUGCUGUGUGAAUGGCCCAACCUGACCGGAGAACACAAAGUCACGGUGCGCGUUGGAGGCUUUGAAUACUCACCGGGGACAUUGCAGAUCUACUCAGACAGCCUGCUCACUCUGCCUGCUAUCAUUGGUAUCGGAGGAGGUGGCGGCUUGCUGUUGCUGGUGAUCAUUGUGGUGCUUAUUGCUUAUAAGAGGAAGUCGCGGGAUGCCGACCGCACCCUCAAACGGCUGCAGCUGCAGAUGGACAACCUGGAGUCCAGGGUGGCCCUCGAGUGCAAGGAAGCCUUUGCGGAGCUGCAGACGGACAUCCACGAGCUGACUCAGGAGCUGGAUGGAGCAGGAAUCCCCUUCCUGGACUACCGCACCUACGCCAUGAGAGUCCUCUUCCCUGGGAUUGAGGAUCAUCCUGUGCUCAAGGAGAUGGAGGUACGGGUCCCCGCUAACACGGAGAAGGCCCUGACGUUGUUCGGCCAGCUGCUGACCAAAAAGCACUUCCUGCUGACCUUCAUCCGCACCCUGGAGGCGCAGCGGUCCUUCUCCAUGCGCGACCGGGGCAACGUGGCCUCCCUCAUCAUGACGGCGCUGCAGGGAGAGAUGGAGUACGCCACGGGCGUUCUCAAACAGCUCCUGUCUGACCUCAUCGACAAAAACCUGGAGAGCAAGAACCACCCGAAGCUCUUACUCAGGAGGACGGAGUCGGUCGCUGAGAAGAUGCUCACCAACUGGUUCACCUUCCUGCUUUACAAGUUCCUCAAGGAGUGUGCUGGCGAGCCUCUCUUCAUGCUGUACUGCGCCAUGAAGCAGCAAAUGGAAAAGGGACCAAUAGACUCGAUCACAGGAGAGGCCCGCUACUCCCUCAGCGAGGACAAACUCAUCAGGCAGCAGAUCGACUACAAGACUUUGACGCUGCACUGUGUGAACCCAGAGAACGAGAACGCUCCGGAGGUGACGGUGAAGAGCCUGAACUGUGACACGGUGACGCAGGUGAAGGAGAAGCUGCUGGACGCCGUGUACAAAGGCACACCGUACUCCCAGAGACCAAAGGCCUCUGAUAUGGACCUGGAAUGGCGGCAGGGUCGGAUGGCUCGCAUCAUCCUUCAGGACGAGGAUGUCACCACUAAGAUAGACAACGACUGGAAGAGACUCAACACCCUGGCUCACUACCAGGUGACAGAUGGCUCAGUGAUCGCCCUGGUGCCUAAACAAAACUCAGCCUACAACAUCUCCAACUCCUCCACAUUCACCAAGUCCCUCAGCAGAUACGGUACGAGAGAAGAGAGCAUGCUGAGGACAGCCAGCAGUCCAGACAGCUUGCGCUCCCGAACGCCCAUGAUCACCCCCGACCUCGAGAGCGGCACCAAACUGUGGCACCUGGUCAAGAACCACGACCACUCCGACCAGAGGGAAGGAGACAGAGGGAGCAAGAUGGUGUCUGAGAUCUACCUGACCAGACUGCUGGCCACCAAGGGUACGCUCCAGAAGUUUGUGGACGACCUGUUCGAGACCAUCUUCAGCACAGCGCACCGAGGAAGCGCCCUGCCUCUCGCCAUCAAGUACAUGUUUGACUUCUUGGACGAGCAGGCGGACAAACACUCCAUAUCAGACUCUGAUGUACGGCACACUUGGAAGAGCAACUGUCUUCCUCUGCGGUUCUGGGUGAACGUGAUCAAGAACCCCCAGUUUGUCUUUGACAUCCAUAAGAACAGCAUUACAGACGCCUGCUUGUCUGUGGUGGCUCAGACCUUCAUGGACUCCUGUUCAACAUCAGAGCAUAAGCUAGGGAAGGACUCGCCUUCCAACAAGCUGCUCUACGCUAAAGACAUCCCCAACUAUAAGAACUGGGUAGAGAGGUACUACUCUGACAUCUCCAGGAUGCCGGCCAUCAGUGACCAGGACAUGAGUGCCUACCUGGCGGAGCAGUCGCGCCUGCACGUCGACCAGUUCAAUAGCAUGUCGGCCCUAAACGAGAUCUACUCCUACAUAGUCAAGUACAAGGAUGAGAUCUUGUCGGCUUUGGAGCGGGACGAGCAGGCGAGGAGACAGAGACUGAGGAGCAAGCUGGAGCAGGUCAUCGACACAAUGGCCCUGAGCAGCUGAGGACCAUCCAGCACCUCCACCUCCUCCUUCUCUUCACUCCUCCUCUCCAUCUGUGUCUCUCCCUCGCUCUUCUCACCCAGACAACAAACAAAACUCCAACCCCCAACAAUACGACAGACGAACUGCAAAAAGGACUAGAGCAGUAUACUGCAAAACGGGGGGGUUCGGCAGAGAUGGGCGGGCCUGUGUACGCUUACAUGUGUAUGUGUGUGUUUGUCUGCAGCCCUAUACGGCGUGUGGGCUCGUGUCUGUGUGAGGGACCGGGACGCCAGACAUUUCCACACACGCAUAACAUGGAGAAACAUGUCGACUGACAGCAUUUGAUUAUUGUGGAUGUUGGUGUUUGUUGUUUGCUUGAUUUUGAUUUCAGGAGUUUUUGUCGUGACGAAGCUAUUGUCAGGAAAGAAACAAUAGAAGCCUGGAAAAGAACUCCAUAUAUGGCGUCAUUCGCAGGAUGGACCAAUCUGUGAUGAGCCAAUGGAGAGAGGCUCUCUAGGUCAUGUGACUCCAACGGGUGUCACAGUUUUAAAGGAUGUUAGAUUUUUUCUUUUCUUUUUUCUUUUGUUUUGUAUAGAUGUAAUCAACUGCCCACUCUCUGAUCUCUCGCCACUUGUAUUACUGCUGAAUUUGCACAAUUUACAGAAACGUUACAAAGGAAGACGAUAUAGAUAUUAUAUAUAAAUACAGCUACGUUUUUAAAGAAAGGUUAGGGAGAUUUUUGUUGUUUUUCAUUUUAAAACCAACAAACAAUAAAAAUAACAACAAUACAGGAUUUGAUAUUUCAAGUACAAAAGAAGAAAAAAACAACGUAGACGAAAAAAAAAAACAACGAAAAAGAAACAAAAAAGUCGUACUGUGCCAUGUUUUCUUUGAAUGUUGUUUAGUGCAAAGACAUUUUGUUAGAUGGAAUGUGCUACCGUAUGAUUUUAAAUAUGAACAUGCCUAGUGACUGAAAAGAUUUGUUUGAGUAACGACCCAUCAUGAUGUUGGAAGCGAGACGACGCCGAGUCGUCCGUCUUCCCGAGUUGGGACAGUUCAUGGUGUCAUGAUGAUGAUGAUGAAGUUGCUGUUGUUUCCAAUUCAAUCAGUGCAAUCUCUUUGGUUUCAUAAAACCAAACAUAUACUCACAGGAUUGUUGCUUUUAUCAUGGCCACGUUAGUAUCCGGCGCCGCGGCCGGUUCUGUUCUCCCGAGGCUCAAGAGGUGACAGUCGAGUGGAUCAUGUUAUAGUAACUGAACAAUGAAGUAGCUCCAUUGCACUACCUGAAAUAUUUCUGUUCGCCCCUUUAGCCACCAUAUCUAACCGCGAGGAGUUUGUGUUAUCCACCCCUUGAAGGGUCAUCCAUUCUCCCGACGCAGUCCUGUUAGAGCAGAGCCGAAGUCUUUGGCGCUCUCAGACGCUGUUUACAGGAGCGACAGUGAGGUCAGGUAGAGCUUAGCUGAGCCCCUCAGUGGUGAAACAAAGCUGUUUUCAGCCUAAAGCCACUUUUUUAUUUCCUCAAUGUUAAUACCCAAAUAGAGGGACAUGGUAAAGAUAUAGUGAGUGUUUCUCUCCACCUCUAACCUAUCUAUUUGAGACAGGGGUUUAGCUUUUUAUCCAUGAGGGGGGGUAUAGACAGAUAUACAGAGGUGAGACACCUCUGUUCAUUAGCUACACAAGGCUGAGUAAUCCUCCCCUCAGCCUGCAGCUCUUGUUUCAAAACUAGCCUAUUGCCAUGUGUGGCUUAAGCUCUUUUUUUAUUACUGCUCUCUUAAGAGGAUUUCUUUGUUUCUCUUUUUUUUGAAGUCUUGAAGUCAGGGUUUUUGACUUUGUGGUGAAAUCAUGUUUUCCGAUUUUAAUUUUAAUUUUAUUUUUUCUCUGCUUGCCGAAAAACCAAACUGUGGUCUGUAUAAUGUUUUUGUUGAUGUUCUCAUUUGUAAAUUGUAUACUUUUUUUUUCAUGAUGAACAAAAGCUGUUUGCCAUUUAUUUGUAAUCAGGUUUUUUUUUUUUUGUCUUUUUAUUUUCAACAUGUAAAUUGUACAUUUUUACGGUACACAGAAGACGAAAAAUUCUCUUCGGUUUAGCCUGAAGUUGAAGUACUUGACCGAACUCGAGGUUUUAUUUUCCUGAUCUCGAUCAAAAAUGAAAUUGUUGCAUCAGAUGAGCAUCUGUGUCUUUGUGAUGGAAAUGUGACUUGCUGCUUUAACUCUCGUAAACCUUGUUUUUCUAUCAAACAUUAGGGCUGUCAUUUUAUGCUGAUCAUAAAUGCUGUCGCUGUCCAUUUUUACGCCAGGUUCCUUAAAAAAAACAAAAAAAACAAUCUUCUCUCGCAUCCAGGAUUAGUGAGCACACCUCCCAAAUUAAUGUCAACCCACCUUUUUGUUUACACGUCUACAGCUGCAUACAUAUGAGCCCAGUUCAACUGGAUACCUGUAGGGACUUGAUAGUUCACUCUGUACCUGCCAAAAAGCUAUCUUGAGGGACCACUCUGCCCAUGUUUCAGCUGACCAUGUUGGCUACACACAUUAAAGGGAUAGUUCGGGUGUUUUGAAGUGGAGUUGUAUGAGGUACGUAUCCAUAGUUGGUGUAUUACCUACAGUAGAUGAUGUUUGGCACGCCCACAGUUUGGAGAAGCAGACAGGAGUACCGACACCGGAGCAAAGCAAUGUACUGCUGUGGAUGGGGCCGGCAGAAAAAUGAAUUUUAGCCACCUAAAAGAAAGGCACACCUAAAAAAAAAAAAAUUGAUUUUGGUUUAAGAGUACACUAUAUUUAUUAGAAUAAUUUCACCGCUUUGCCGUGAGACAGCCCUUUUCGACGGGUAACUGAAGCCCUUGUAUCCGUCUUUACUCUCGCCAAACUCCAUUGAAAAAACCUGUAAUUUUACCUCGCAGGAUAUGGGAGUUGCUGGUUUACCGCUGCUGCGAUAAGUUAGUUUGUUUGUAUUAUUGUGACUUUGGUGAAUCCGAGCUAAGUAUUCUUUUUUUUCAAUGGAGUCUGGUUGUUUUGGCAAGAAUGUGGAUAACCGCUUCAGUUCCCCAUUGGAAACAUAGACUGGAUGUCUGUUUCAGGGCGAGGUUAACCGGCGAAAAUAUUCUAAAUAUAGCGUACACUUAAAUUGAUAUAUUUUUUUAGGCGAGCCUUUCUUUUAGGUGGCUAAAAUAUGUUUCUCUGCCUUCCAUGUCCACUGCAGUACAUUGCUUUUCUCCGGUGCUCCUGUCUGUUUCUCCAAGCUUGGGGCGUGCCGACCGUCAUCUACUGUAGGUAAUACACCUACUCUGGAUAAGUACCGCAAACAACCCCACUUCAAAACACCCAAACUAUGCCUUUAAAUAAUCUCUGUUAGAAUCAUCUACCUUAAUGAGUACUGCAAAACCUCCACCAAAAUAUGCUUACAUACAAACAUAGAAAACAUGUUUGUUUGUUUUUCUUUUUCAGUGUACAGCUGAGUUUUUGCUGCUUUCGUACAUUUUGGUGCUCUUACUGUAGAUCACAUGGCAAGGAAAUAGAUGACUGCUGCGGCCAGAGCUCAGCGGUGCUGUUAACAGCAGAAUGAUCAGUAUGAGCACAAUGUACAGUAGGGACACAUCCACUCGCUCCCUGCAAAAGCACACAGACGGAAAAAACAACUGAGGCUACUGUGGCCAGUUGGAUGAUCUGUCAGGCUAAAGACACUUAAACAUUCUCAAUUCAUUCUCAGGUUCAUGCUCCGUUUGUGUCAUAUUCUGGUUGUAAUUUGGUUGAUUAAAUGAGCUGCUGAGGGAGUUGGCUAGUUUAUAGUUUGCAUGGCUGCUUGCCUUUUAGAUUGACCUGCAAGUCUGGACGCUUCUUUGGAGAAACGUCCCAGUUCUCCACUGUUAAUGUGAUAAUUGACUCGUAUUAAUUGUUGUGGAGGUGGUAUACAGCAUGUCAGUUUAAGAUUGUUUGGUGUCAUCAGGAGGAAGCAAGCAUUGUCACAAGAACAACACGCCGACUGCAGUUUGACAGAGAGUUGCUGUUUUUCUGUCAAAUCCGAACAAAUGAACAAGUGAAGUUUACUGCGCUGGCUUCAGUGUGAGCAGAGUCAGCACAUCCGUCAUGUUUCUCAUGUUUAAUUCUCAGCUCUUUAGACAUGCUCAGUCACACUUUUGCCUUUCCACAAAAAAAAAAACAUAGUUGAAUCAAAUGCAACUCCUGGCACCAUUCUGUUUUCAGUUUCUUUUUCCUGCUUUCUUCCGAUUCUGGAAAAUUCAGUAGUUGUCCUUUGGUUUAUUUUCUUUUUUUUUCUUAAUGGAAGUUACAUAGCAUCCAAGGAAACGCAAAGCAAAUGAAUUUCAGACGGAGCUGGCAAAGGAAUUUUAAUACUACAAUAACUCUGAUACAUUUUUAGAGUUUCAGACUUGAAGCGACUGUCACAAGUUUGCAGGUUAACAUUCAUUGUGUAAAUAUUCUGUUAUUUCCUAUUUUGCAGAUUUACUACUUGUAAAUAAACACGCAUCAAGGAGAGAUUAAACAUUUUUUGCUAAAUAAAA